AUGGGUUGGAAGAGCCACCUCGAUCGAUUGGAUGGCAAGCUGCUUUCACGGAUCAUGGACCACCUUCACAUCAGUGACAUUGAAUCGCUAUCAUGCACCAACAAGAGGUUGAGAGACGCCGCAGUGCCUAUUCUUUUUCGCGCAGUCAGAUUCGAGUUCUCAACAUCAAGCCUGAAGGCACUCGAAAGUCUCGCAAACUCAGAUAUACGGCACCAUGUGCGGUCAUUGGCAUACGCUGCGCCGGAAAUCUUGAGGACAGAAAUUCUUGAUUUUGAUUGCUUUGCUUCGGAGUUGUUGACUCUCGAUGAUUACAGUGAAUGGAUUGACGAGAGUCAAAGUUUUCUGUCAGACGAGUGUCCUUCAUACAUGCUCAUAUAUGAUGUCUUGCAAGAUAUUUGCGAAGAACAGCAGGAGAUCAUGAGCGAGUCCAUGGACAAACACGCCCUCCUUCAUGUAUUCAGCAAGUUGGUUCGCCUGCAAACCUUGACCGUCUGCUUUUGCCCUACCGUGGAGGAAGAGGAGUGGGUGGGCGCAGUGCUGGCACGAGGCUUGACCAUGGAGGACUCAUGCGAGUAUCAUUCGAGAGUGAUUCAUGACGCCAUCGAAGCCUCGCGGCGAGCUCUCUCCAAUGAACCAGAUCUCGAGGUCCUUCUAACUGUCCAACCCCCCUGA